GGGAGAGCCGCCGUUGGCUCCAUCGGCCCUCCUCCGACCUUCCGGGACGAGGACUCUUCCAAGAGCCUCAUCGUCGCGCUCGCGCCGCGGCCUGGGGCGCCGGCGACCGCCGGUGCCCCGGGCGGCCACGCCGUGCGCGUGUGGAGCUGCGGGGAGGAGGGCCCAGAGCCCGACCGGCCCGACGGGGUGGUCGAGUGGCGGCUGGACGAGGGCUACGUGGCCUCGCUGGAGGAGCAUGCGGCCCCCGUCACCCGCAUGGCCGUCAGCUCCACCUACCUCCUCACGGCCGACUCCCUCGGCCACUGCCGCGUCUGGCAGAAGACGAGGGGCUUCGCGGCCCGCGCGGAGGCCCGGCUGCACCAGGGUGGCCUGACGGACUUGGCCGUGGACCGCCUCUUCGCGUACACCGUCGGGGCGCAGGACAUGUCGGUGCGCGUGUGGUCGGUGCCGGACCUGAAGCUCGCGCUGGUGAUCGAUGCAGAGACUCGACGGUCGAGCCCCAGGGGCCGCCGGCGGGCUUCGGCGCCGCGUUCCCCACGAGCCUGGCGGCCGCGCCGAGGCCUUUCCAGCUCGCGGAGCUCACGGCGGUGCGCCGGCCGGUGUCGCGCUGGUCGGGCUCGCAGGGCUCGGCGCGGAGCGCCGCCCUGCCGAAGGGGAUGCUGUUCGUGGCGGGCUCUCUCGCCGACGGCCAGGAGGUCGCCGGCGCGGGCGCGGGCGUGCUGAUGGAGUGGUCCCUGGGGCCGAAGCCCGCCUGCCAGGGGGCGCAGGUCGCACACGACGCGCCGAUCGUGGCGCUGGCGUACGGCCCGUACGACAACGGCCCGCUGCUCACGGCCGACGCGCGCGGCCUCUUCCGGGUGUGGGACUACACGCCGAGGCUGUGGUGCUCGCAGCAGGUGGACACCGGGGGGUGCCCAGACCCGCGCAGCCUGGCGGUGGCGAUGGACCCUCUGAACAGGACGGCCUACUCCAUCGCCGGGGACGGCCGGCUCUUUGUCUGGCGGCAGCACGGCGAGAUCGAGCCGGGUCCGGGCGACCACUGAGCGCGCGGCCGUGGCAGUGCAGCACCCCGCGCCACACGGCGUGGGCAACCUCCGCCUCCCUCCUCCUCUCCUCCUCCUCCUCCUCCUCUUUGCACUCCCGCUCUCAGGCGAGCCCCGCACGUGCCGCCUCUGCCCGGGCGCUCUCCCCUGUGCAGGGCGGGCGCCCUGCCGCCCCUCCGCAGCGCCGGCGCUCCGUCCGCCUCGGCAUCUGGCGCGCUGCGAGGAAGCAAGCAGAAGAAGGCAGCAAACGGCUGCGGCGAGGGCAGGCGGCAGCGGCGCGCCUGCGGCCGGCCAGUGGCGCGGCCCCACGCUCACCCUCCAGGAGCAGG